AUGGCGGAACAUAUCGAAUAUCCUUGUAAGUAUUCGGGCUGCUCUUUUACCGCCAAACCGGAUAAAAUCAAGGAGCACGAGGCCACUUGUUUUCUCAGCAUCUACGAUUGUCCCUUCAAAUACAGGACCCAGUGCAAAUGGAGUGGUUUUCACUCGGCCAUCUUGGAUCACGUUCACGAUCAGCAUCCUGAAGAUACCGUAGAACUGCCGGUUAUUGUUUUUAUUUGCGAAAGUUUGGAUAAUUUGAACUACACUGAAUACAACAUCUUGCCAGCUUGUGGACCAAAAGAAAACGCGAAAAAUUACUUUUACGAACUGGACUUUAAGGAUAAUAGUGGAACAGAUAAAAGGCUGUUUGUCAAACGACUCUGCUGUCCGUUGACUGAUUUCGAUGAAAUGUUUGAUGAUGAUGAGGAUGUUGUGUCAUUAAAACAUAGUUUAUUACAGCCUUUAAUAGACAACGGAGACCUGAUAUAUUCCUGCAAUAUUGUUCCUGUAUCAUAG